GGUGGGUUAAGACUUAGACAGCAGCGGAGCACUAGCAGCGGUGGGGUCGGUGUCCGAGGCGGUGGCUGAGUUGGCGGCUGUAGCCCGUGUCUGCGAUGGAACAGCCGAAGAAGGCGGUGGUGGUGACGGGAUUUGGCCCAUUCGGAGAACAUACGGUUAAUGCCAGCUGGAUUGCUGUUCAGGAGCUGGAGAAACUGGGACUGGGAGACAGUGUGGACCUUCAUGUGUAUGAAAUUCCGGUGGAAUACCAAACAGUCCAGAGGCUCAUUCCUGCCCUGUGGGAAAAACACAGCCCUCAACUGGUCGUCCACGUAGGAGUGUCUGGCAUGGCAACUACAGUUACCUUGGAAAAAUGUGGUCACAACAAUGGAUACAAAGGGCUGGACAACUGCCACUUCUGUCCCGGCUCCCACUGCUGCGUAGAGAAUGGGCCGGAAUGCAUCGACUCCAUCAUCGACAUGGAUGCUGUCUGCAAGAGAGUGACCACCUUGGGUCUAGAUGUCACAGUGACCAUAUCCCAGGAUGCUGGCAGGUACCUCUGUGAUUUUACUUACUACACCUCCUUAUACCAGAGCCACGGCCGAUCUGCGUUUGUGCACGUCCCUCCGCUAGGAAAACCCUAUAAUGCUGACCAGUUGGGCCGGGCCUUGCAAGUCAUCAUCGAAGAAAUGCUAGACAUGUUGGAUCAGUCUGAAGAUCAAAUCGACUACGGCCACCAACCCUGAGCAGGACGGGCGGGGUGGCUAGUCAUGGUCGCACUUGGGAGGAGUCCCCUCCUGCUCAGGACACUAGGGACACCCUCCAGCCCAGCUGUACAGCACAGGAACUAAAGACACAAGCACACAAACUUGGCUUUGCUCUGUUUCUCUGAUGCAUUCCCCUCCCCUUACUUUGCGCCAGUGAAGUUGAUUCAAGGAAGGGGGCAAAGGUUUCUCUUUCGCCUUUUCCUUUCAUUUUCCUUUUUGAAAAACAGCUGCAACCAUUUACUUUGUUUCCUGAAGUGGCCAAACUUUCUGCAGAGUCUCUCCAUUAGUCAAGUGAUCUCAACAGACUCGACUACAUGUUGGGGUCCGUCUGUUCAGGACCGACAUCUGGAACUGGAGUGUUUGGUUAAGGGAAAACUGGAUGAUGACCUCCCCCACCCCUUGGGGCCUGGUUGGUUGGUCCUUAAUCUAAAAGCUUGGGUAAGGGACUUUGGCUAGGUCUUUGGAUAAAGUAAUAGAGAACAGGCAAACCUUAAAAAAAAAAAAAAGGCUGGGGUGGGAUAGCUUUCAUUUUAAUACCAGUGCUAGUGUGGGACACAGAUUAAUUUAUAAUCCUUUUGGUUAAAAGUCAAACAUGAUACGGGAGAGGAUUUUUUGUUUUUGUUUUUGUUUUGUUUUGUUUGUUCAUUUGUAUUUUUUUAAACUUGGGGUUCCGUUUCUUUCCCUCAGCCCCAAAGGUUCAGCCCAGAAAUGUGGCUCUGUGAGACUGACCAUUGUUCCCGGUAUCCUAGGGAGCCUGACUGAGAUCCAUUUUUCUUGCUGUCUAGAGUAUAGAGGGAGGUGUCCCAUUCCCAGCUGCACACCCUCCUUGCCAAUUCUCCCACCCCUGCCCAGAGCAGAGGUUUUGUGUUGCCUGGGAGAAAAAGAUUCAUUUUUGUAUGCGUGAGUGGGGUGUUUCACUUUGAGAGUAUUUUUUGUCUUAAAAAACAACAUAACACGUCACAAACAUUCAUGGAAUUGAAAAAACAUCCAAGCAGCCACUGUCACCAUUUGGGACCCUCCAGGUGCUAGAGGUAGAUGCAACUCUGCUAACCUUUAGAGUAACUCAAUACUCUGUAUUAUCUUUUCUAGACUGCCCCUCUCUGUAGUGAGUGAGGGGAAGGCUUCCUGGUAGGGACACUAUUUUAGGAACUGGUGAUGAGCUCAUUAAAUGACCAUUUCCAAAGGGGAUUCCCAGGCAGCACUAAAACUGCUCUGCCUUAUCUUCUUUCUUAGAUCUAACUCAGGAGUGAUGAGGCCUAGAAUGGGGUUUGAGGGAGGGGCGUGCCACAAAACAGGGGAAAGACCCUGCAACAGACUUUUGACCUUUCACCCUUCGUGUCGGAAUGUGGCAGUGGGAAGCCUUGUGGGCCCUGGUGGGCCCGCAGGUGGGCAGGGAGCACAGGGAGGAAGCCAGGCAUUGGGCCUUCCAGCCAAAGCUGAAGGAGUUAGCAGCCUACCAAGCUCCCAGCCCCCCAAAGUGGCCAGAAACUGUGGUUGUGCAAUAGGAAGCAGAGUCCCUCUGACCAGGCAUUGCUGAGCUGUGACCUGAAGACAAUUUCGGUGCCAAUCAGCAGCUUAAGCACCUCCUCAAACUCUGCUCAAGAAUCCCAACAUUUCUUUUGUAAACCUUUUGGUUUUUAAAACAAAGAUGAUUUUACUAUUGAUAUGUGAAAGCCGCUGGAACUGGACUCAAUGAGAGCCAUCCUGUAUCAGCAUUUCCCAGCAUUAGAUUAUUUUUUUUAAUGAAGGGAAAAGGCAAGAUUUAUUUUAAGACUGUGAGCAGUUUCUACUCUUUCCUCUUCCUUUGGAGACAAUAUGGCUCAGUACAUGGAGUUCUAGAUUUGUGCUCAGGGAGACCUGGCUUCAAAUCCUGCCUCUGAUAUUUACUAGCUAGCUGAGUGACCAUGGACCACAGUCUCCUCUAUAAAAUGGGGAUAAUAAUACCCAUAGUACCUACCUCACAGGGCUGUUGUGAGGCUCCAAGGAGAUCAUGUAUGUGAAAUGCUUUGCAAAAUUUAAAGCAUGAUGUCAAUGUUUAGUUAUUACUUCCAGAGUGAACCUUUGGAGAGUGUGCAUUUACUGAAGAAGGGGAUCCGGUCUGACUCCCUUUCAAAAAUCCUUGGCUUCCUCUGACCAGGGAACAAGAAGGGGAAUGGGAGAUUUGUGGUGAGAUGGAGUGAGAAGUCUCAAAAAGGGUCCUCGUUGACCAGCAGAUUAAAGUCCCCAGGCUUUGUGCUGCCCGGCAUUCCCAUGCAGUUCAGCAACAUUCAGUUGUCUUGCAGAACCUGCUGGGUCUGGUUUAUCAGCAUGUACUCCCCCAGGAGGCAGAACUCUUCCCACUCCUCUCCCUCCUCAAGUCAUCUGUCUGAUUUGGGCAAGGUCUGAGUUCUUGUUCUGUUUAGUAUGUUUCUGAGCAAACAUUCUCCCAGUCUUGGAGGAGUGUGCAUGUGUGUGCAUGUGUGUGUGAGUGCAUGUGUGUGUGUGUAUACACAUUGACAAUUUCCUUUUGGAAACCCUUUAUUUAAGUUUUUUGAAAACAGGAUGUCUGUGGAGUUUGUGGCUAGUAAACCUCCCAGUAUAGAUGAAGGAGCACACUCUGGAACGUUCCCUGAGGUCAUGAACUUUGGAACCAACUGGAGAGAAGAGUGAGUGGCAGGGAGGGGGAGAUCUUAGUGGAGGAAUAUGGGAAGUAGGGAUAGCCCCGAACUAGACAGCCUUGGUGUGUGUGUUGGGGGAGGACUUUUCCCAAACACAUUUUGUGUCAGUCACUUGUCUCUUCAUAGAAAGCUUCUCUUCUCUCCAAAGUUGUGCUCAUUUGGGGGGGGGGGUGUUUUUAUUUUUAUUUUUUGGUUUUGACUUCCAAUCCAUGUUUAAAGCAUUGUGUGAUUUUAUUUACUAGAAAUAUAACUUAUUCUAUAAUCGCUGAUUUUGCAAAUGAGUAAGUAGCUGAGUCCCACCUGUAGGAAUGGGUCUCACAUCUUGUCAUUAGUGAUUUUUUGUAUAGUGAUCACAGUAAUUGUGGUAUCCAGCUCAUUUUAUUUAAUCUGAUUUAAAUUAAACAUUUCACUCAUCAUU